ACUCAUUUUACUAUAAAUAAUCAACUACUGCCUAUUUUUGAAAUUAUUUUGUUUUUUGUCGUAUAACUUAAACAACCAAAGACAUUUAGAAUGUGUCAAUAAUAACAAUUUGUCUAACAAAAUAAAUAAAUUGAAGUGUGAAGUUCAAAUUUUAGCUUAUUCAUCCCAUUUUACGGUACCUAGUUAGAUAAGUCAAAUAGGUAUCUAUUUAGGCAGUAUCUGUAAUCUUUAUGGUAUCUAUAUAUUUGUAACUAUAUAUAAAGUUUGAAAAUUAUUCGUUAAUUUAUCAUAUCCGUUCUUUAUACUUUAUUUUUUCUUUGUUGUUUCUCUUUUGCUAUAGUGAUUAUUGAAACAUUUAAUGCUUUUACACUUAUUAAAUACAAUAAAAAGAACUUUAUGUCUCGUUAUUAACAGAAGUUGUUUUGUUAAAUUUGUGGACUUCAAGAUUUAAAGUAUAAUGGACGUUAAUAGAAUGGGAUAGCCAAAUAACUCAUUCUAAAUAAUAAUAUGGAAUAGCUAAGUAACUCGUUCUUUGAAAUCGUAUUACUUUAUGUAUAAAUUUAAAACAUUAUUCCCGAAGAUACCAGUAACAUGGCCUCAUUGAUGUCAAUGUUAAAUAAGAAAUAUAAAUCAAUUCAGAGAAUAAAACACCUGAAAGGUCAGUUAUUAUACCCGAAGUUGUUGUUAUUUGAAAAUGAUGAGAUUAUUCGGAUUAUGGAUGUACAGAAUAUAGAAACUGACGGAUCGCAUGAAGGAUACACUUUAAUACUCAGUAACCAAAUAGCGGAUAAAACUAUACAAAAAAAUUAUCUUUGGAUAAUUCUUGAAACAGGAGAAAUUAACGUAAUAGAUUUUAAUAUUGGUUGUUGUCUUAAACUUAUUAUUGAUAACUUGUCUACAUCUAAAAUACAAUACAUUAAAACUGACAGACAUGAAAAUAUAUAUUUAAUCAACAAGACUGGAGACUGCUUUUUUGCUCCCUAUACAACAGAUGAAUUAAAAGAUAUCUUUGCUGAAGGUACCACACUACUUACCGUAUCAUUGAAGAAAUAUAUGAAUAAUUCUACAUUGAAAUCUUUAAUUGGAAUAGAAUCUAAUGGAGUUAUUAUAAGUAAUGAAGAGGGAAAAGUAUUAGUGAGAUGUCCUUUAACGGGUCUUUAUAACACAAUAUCAACAAAUAUGCAAAUUAAAUAUAUUGUAGAAUGGGAAAAGGUAAUAGUUUUGUCAGAUGAAAUGCAUAUGUGGGUUGUAGAUUUGAAAGAGAGCAAUAUUUUGUAUAAGUUUGAUAAUGUUGCUAUGAAAUAUUAUCCAUUAGGAUCACAUAAUAAUACACUUUAUUAUAUUACAUGGGAUGAGACUGAGGUUCAUAUUUGCCAUGCAUGGAAUUCCACCACAUCACCGUUAGAAAUAUCAGAAGACUAUUUAAAUAAUUCUUUUCAUAACCUGUCAUCACAAGAAGCUCUGAAAUUACAGGCAAAGGCAUUUAUUGAAGAAAUAAUGUCUGAACCUGAAUAUAACCAGGUAGUUAUAAAAUUGCAACAACUUUUUGAAAAAAUCAAUGACUUCCCCUUUUUAAUGGAUACUGCAUUGAGAAUUUGUCAACACAACAUUGCAUAUAAAUCAGUUCUGUAUCCACUUCAAAACCGUAUUUAUGCAUCAGGCAAUUGUGAAUUGAUUAAUCUUAUGGUCGAUUUAAUUGUAAAGAUUGAUUUAUUAGAGUACAUACAGUUUAGAAACAGUAAUGAUUAUGAACAAGUCAACUUGUUUGAUAAAAAUUUUAAACAACUUUGUGUGCUAUUUUUGUCUAAAUCAGAUUUGGACUUGGCGACAAUUUGUUGGUUGAAGUACUCUGAAUUAUAUAUAAUAGUUAAUCAAGAUGAUAUUACAGAUAUUUUGUAUUCGAUUCCAUACAACAUUAAAAUGAGUGCACUCAUUAUAUGGUUGAAAAACUUUAUACCCGCACUUUUAGAUGAAAAUCCUUUUUUUAUUGACUUAAUUGUCAAAUGGACUAUCAAAAGAGUGUUUGAAUUGGAGCACUCUGGAUAUUGGCCAAAAAUAGGUAUAAAAUUUAUAGAAGAAAUAACAAAUAUCUUAGAGUUAUCACUUAAGACAGUUUCAAUUAGACCUUUAUCUAUGGAUGAUAUAGAUACACUAAAAAAUCAUAUCACAUAUAUAAUUGAAUUAAAAGACAAAUACAAAAUAAACAUACUAUUAAGUGAACUAAGUUCACUAAAUCCUUGCGAAGUUGCCCUUAUAAUGUUACACCGUUGCUAUACUGAAGAUUUAGAGAUAUUUCUGCAGGAUUAUUUGCCAUCUUUUGCUACAAGACAUCUUUUUGAUAUGGAUGAUACUCUUCGAUCUUUCAUAGAGAAUGAAGCUGCCUCUGGUGGUGGUGGUGUUGAUGGUUGCCGUUUAAAGAUUCUUCUCAAUUCAUUUCGCUUAACUAGUACUAAACUAGAGUGUCUCUUACAAGUUUUAAAAUUAUUAGAUGUACCAUGGAAUGCUACAGUUCUUGAUUUAGCCAUCACCGCAGCUGCGUCAGCUACAAAAGAUUUUACAAUAACUGAUACAGAUCGUUCAUUAGCAUAUGAAAUACAAAAAGAACUAAAUUAUGCUAAUAUUAAAGUCAUUUUAAAAAAAUAUAAUUUCCCCUUAACUUGUACUGAUUAUGUAUUAGUUCUUCAUAAAAUAAUAAAUGCGCAAAUAAUUAAUUUGAAUGAUCUUAAAAUUAUUACAAGAGUAAUGACAAGUUAUAAGAGUUAUGGUCAUAUGUUAUAUAUUACAAAAUGUCUUCAAGCUUCUGAUGUGAGAAUAGCAUUAGAGUAUUUUCAUAAAUUAUCUAGUAACGAAAAGAAAAUGUUGUUCAAAUCAGUCGUAUCUAAAUUUGAACAAAUAAUUGAUGAAAGAAGGAAUAAUAACAUUACUGAAAAAAGUUAUAUAGAUUUUCUUAAAGGAACCCAAAUGAUGAGUAAUAAUCAAAUGAGAGAUAUUGAAAAAUUGUACUAUCUUAAAAAACUGUACAAUGUUACUUUAAAUUUGAAUAAACUGUACAUUGAAAAUUGUUGUAUCAAAGAAUCAAAUUCAUGGAUUAUUAAAUAUGGAGAUGUAGCUAGCUCGGGACAGUGUUCAUGCUUAAUGCAGCUAAUAUGUUCAGAUCAAUCUUAUUAUUUCAUGGUGACGAAACUAUUACGUAAAAUUUCCACAAGCCACUCAGCAAGAAAAUUUGUUGAGAAUCUUCUUAAUAUAUUACUUACAUCUAAAGAUAAGUCGUUAUUCAAAAACUUUGAGUCACUAUUCUCCGAUUUCAAAGAUGGAGAUAAUUCUUUAUUGUUACUUGAAACUAGUGAAGUUUUAGUAGAAUUAUUAAUUAAUUGUACUGAAGAAAAUUUGCACUACAUUACAAAUAAAAUUUCCAUUUUGAAUGCUUUAGUAAAUGCUAUUAUUAUGCAAAGAAAUCUAUCUAUAGUCUGGAAGUUUCAUUACAUAUUUUUGCCUAUGUCAUCAAUGGCUCGUGUUAAUGAUUUAAUAAAUUUUUAUAAAUUACUGUCUCCAAAACAUAAUGAUAUAGUAUCUCAUUCAUCUGAAAGAUGUGAUUUUAUACCAUUUACUAUGAUCUCCAGCAUUAUGGUAAAUUCUAUUCACACAAGUCAAACUUUAUGUAAUUUUUACUAUGAAAAGAGGGAUAAAAUAGCUCAAAAAGUUCUAAGUAAAGUUUUAACAACAAAAAAUCUUGAUGAAGUUUUAUUAACAGCUCUAUUAAUCAUAUUAAGCAAGAAUAAAGAAAAUAAAAAAACGUGGAUUUUAGAAAUUCUUCAAGGUCAGAAUGAGACCUUGCCUCCUGGCGUUUUGGCUUACCUUACAUCCCCAGUAAUACGACGUGCAUUUUUAUUGGAUAAUGAUUUAUGUGCAAGCACAAUAUCUUGUCCACCUCAGUACAUUCUGAAAUGUAAGUUUAAUAUCAAUUUAGCCGAGUUUGCUCUUCCUGACAGUAGUGAAGAAACUUGGGAUGUUAAAGUUAUUCUAUUUUAUGUGUUAAGAGAAAAUCCAGAUACUAGUUACAAUAGACUUGUAGAUUUGUGCAGAACGUUGAAUGUAUCUGUGAAUGAUGGAUUGUCUUUACAAUUAAUAGCCCUUCUCACAACAUGGGAUUUAAAAUACAUGAUAAUUAAUGACGAUUUAAAUUGCGCUCGUAUACAUUACGAAAAUAGCCAAAAGGAAAUAACUACAAAAUGUUCUAUGAUAUGGGAAAAUAUUGAACAUAAAGACUUUUUAAGAGAUAUUUUGAGAUUUUGGAAAAAUGGUGAAGUUACAUUACAUGGCAGAUUAGUUUCAAUAAAUCCUUAUUAUUAUGAAAUCUAUAUGUGUAUAUACUACUUGAUAUUUGGUUCAUCAAUUGAAUUACGAAACAAAAGAGAAUACUUUUUACUUAAUUUUCUGAAAAGUUACAGAAGAUCAAGUGCUCCCAAGCAAUAUGAAUUUGAAUUAUUUUCUGUAAAAGGAAUUUUUCCACAAAUUGGCUAUUAUCGUCUACCAUUCCAUCUUUUUAUGCGAGACGAUAUGUGGUCAAAUUUAAAGUCAGAAAUCACACUUGAAACAUAUGAACACUGGCUACCCGUUGUCGCUUUACUUUCACUUGACCCUGAUUUGCAAAUUGCGAAGGAUAUGAUUUGCAGCAAUGCGUUGAAACAAACUAUGACUACACGAAAAACUGUUGAUAUUACUGAUAUCAAUAAUAAAGAUAGUGAACCAUGGAGGCUUUCUACCCGCGAGGAACCAUUACUUAGAGCUGCUCAUCGAUGUGUAAGUCAUAUUGCUAAUAUGGAAUGGGCGGGCGCCUGUCUUUUUUAUGUUCUCCAAGGCUGUGCUCGCGGAGCCGACCAGGUAGCAGCAGCCCAACUAUGUUAUCAAUUUGCUGAAAAAUGGGCAGCGUUACAGCCUGGUGUUAGAGCUGUGCGACAAAUGGAACGCUUGCAUUCUACCCUAUCAACCCGUCAUGCUCUACAUAAAAUAGAAUGGGCUUGUGAAGAAUUUAUUCGUCUUUCAACAGAACCUGCUCAGCUUAUUCGUGCUAUGUAUAUGCAUCCAAAUUUUGUUGAGAAAAUGAGUCGACACGAUGUUAAUCGAGCAACAAAUGAAAUCGCAGAUAAGAAUUCCAUUAAUAUAAGUUCCAUUAGAAUCCAAAUUUUGGAAAAUAUUCUUGAAAAGUCUGAUAAAGAAAAUAAACAUAGAACAUUUUUGGGGUUGGAUACUAAAGAAUUAAUGACAGCAAAAUAUAUUUUAAAAGCUACUUGCCCAAAAAUGGGUGCCAUUUAUUUAUCUCGAAUUGCUUUUGAUGAUGACAGUGAUUUUAAUAAAUGUAAAAAACUUCGAGCAUUGCAAUGCUUAAUGAGCGUUAUCGACACCGAUACUGCUGUAAAAGUUACAAAUAAGGAGCGCGAUGCUUUGUGGUCUUCUCUUUUGGAAUUAAUAAGUAUAGUUAAUUUAGAGAAUAUUGAUAUGCCUUGGGUUAUUGCCACAUUUAUGCAAAAUAAGAUCUGUGCUUUGGAUCAGUUGUUGCAAUCGUCAGGCGGUAAUGUUGAGGCAUUAAAAAUAGCAGCAGAUCUUGCUCGUCGAUUCGGCGACAAGCAAAGCAUUCGUAUCGUUGUACCAUUUAUGUUACGUGCUGGUUUAUAUGAAGAAAUGACACCUUUAUUGUUAAAAGUAUCGGCACCUCUUGACGAUAUAAUACGUACUGCCUGGCGUGCAGUUAUAUUAUCUCCAUUUCAACAUGCUGAUUAUCCAAUCACAGAAAAGCAAAAAAUUAAAUGUCUGAAUGCUGUAAAUUUAUUGCCCAUUAGCCCAAUUAUCAAAGAUGGAGAUUUGAAAGAAAUAUGGAAAAAUUGCAUAAGAUGCAAAUGUUUCGGUAUAGGUUGUCUUGUCUUACCAUAUAUGACUUCAGAAACAAGACAAACAUUAACAGAACUGAAAAAAAUUGAUAAAAGAAAUCUUAUAGCUAGUCUUAAAAAUUUACAGUCUGAAACAUUUCUUGUGUCAGGUGCUAUGUAUGUUAUAGAAAAUAUGGUCUUUAAAAGUUAUCGAUAAAUUUUUAAAUUAACUAUUGUCAGUAAAUUGUUUUGAAGAUAAAAUAGUAAUUAUAUUACCUACAUUGAGUUUAAAAUUAUAUCUAGCCAGUGAUACCUCAAGUCCUAAAAUAUGGAUAAUAGGUAUAUAUAAGCAUAUAUAAGUAAGCAUGCCUAAGUUAUAACAAAUUAGUUUUUAAUUAUAUUAAGAUUCAAUAAGAUUAAUAAAUAAUGAUAUAGAGAAAACUAAAGAAGUCAAAAUAUUGUAAAAGUAGGUAACUACUAAUGAUGCCUUCAACUGAUAAUAUUUAAAAAAAUUGUCAAUUGUAAUCAUAAGUUAUAAACAAAUAAAUAAUAAAGGUAUACA